AUGGGAGAAGGCAGCGCAGCAGACACGGCUGUGGAGUUGACGGACGUCCAAGCCAAGGACAUCGAACGCGGCGACCCAAAUCCCAUAUCACCCGUCUCACCCUCGAGCACAUUCGCUCCUCCACAGCGCUUGCCGAGACGCGAAACCCAUGACAGUGUGUGUCAUGGCUACCCACGACUUGCGCAUUGGGUGGGGAGGGAGCCAUCGUUUGCCAUCUUCCGCAGAUUCGCGACACUCAACGCCAAGAAUAUACUCUAUCUCCAGGCGGAAAUCGCGUAUCUGGAGCUCGAACUGGAUGAGUUGGAGCGCCUGAACAGCGAUGACUGUGGAUCGUUGCAGACCCACCUUCAGGGCUUGUUGAGUGCACCGGAGGGCAGCAGUGGGCAUAAGCAGAUGCAGAAAAUGCUAGAGAUAAGAGGCAAAUUAAAGGAAUACAACCAUAUGCUGUUAGAGCAUACCAAGCUAUAUCGACUCCCUGAGCCGAAUCCAUCUGACUUCGCGGAACUGCGGACACAUCUCGACAAUCACUCACCGGAUGGGAGUGCGUGGCUGAAAGUGCCCGAAGAUGUCUGGGAACUGGACGAGGACUCCUCGACCAUUCAUCACGACCUUGUUGCGCUCUCCCAGAGGAAUGUAUCAACCGACCACUUCACUUCCUGGGUCAUUGACUGGCUCGUUGUACACUAUGCUAAGCUAAGGUACCGGUUUUCCAGGAAGAAGGAUGGUGAUUUCACCGAGAUCGAUGACCGCAAGAUCAACCGCGCGGUGGGAACUUUCACGACUAUAUUCGGGUCUCUCCUUCCGACCGCUUCGGUCUUCGCGCUCUACUACAUUCACGAUACUAUCUGGCGGCUUACCUUCAUCAUGCUCUUCUCCUGCUUCUUCUCCACCUGCUUAGCUGUAUUCACAGAUGCUAGGCGGAUCGAGAUCUUUGCAGGAGCGGUAGCCCUGGCUUCGGUCCAGGUCGUCUUCAUCAGUACCACCGAAGGUGGAUCCUAUGUUGAGCCAAAAUCCUAA